AAAAUUUUUCAUUUAUGAAUUCCGGUAUUCGUUUGCGCUCUGUUGAUACGACAACAUCGACUAAAAUGUCGUUUUGCUGAAACGAGAAACAAAAAAAUUGUGUUUAUUGUACAAAAAAGUUGGAAUUUUUCAAGAAAAUCUCGGAAAAAGAAGAAAUUUUGUGAAAAACUCGCGGAAAAAAGGUGAAAUCAAGUCGUAUAAUACGGUCAAUAUAACUUGUUUGGUGAAUCAGUGCCGUUGCGGAUUGUCAUCGAAACACAUCUCAAUCCACAAAAUGUCACAUCUUACGAGGCUAUCUGCCUUUUUGCUACUUGUCUCCAUCGCCAUCACACAUGCCGCUACACUUAACGAGUCAAACGGGAGUCGGCAUGCCAGCAGUCUCAUCCACAAUACCGUCGCGGCGAAGGAAAUGCACAUCGACGAGUCGCACCGACAUGAUUCAGUGCCCGCUGCAAAGGCAACUACCGAAGGCAGCAACCAGCUAAUUGACUUUUUGAACGACAUGAAAUCCGGCACGAAGGUUUUUCAGCAUUUUUUCACACACAGCAACUUGACACAGAUCGUAGAAGACGGCAGCUAUACAAUUCUCAUUCCCUCGGAUAAUGCAUUUCAACGUUGGCAUCCCAUAGAUUGGGGAUUUUAUCCGUUUAGUGUGCCAGAGUUCACGGAAUCCAUCUUGCGGAAUCACUUUUUGCCCAUGCAGAAGCCCUUGAAGCUGGAAGACAUCAAAGAGAUGACAGGAAAGGAGAAAUUUAAGGCUUUGGGAGGAGAAACAGUGUCUUUUAGAGGCAAACCACAAACAACUGCAAAUAACGUCACUAUUUUGAAUGAAUCGGUUCUUCCAAAUGGAAAUACAGUUUUGAUUCUGGCUGAAGUACUUUUUGUUACUGAAGCGGUUGUCUCUAAAUUGCAUCAGAUGCACAAAGACAAGGAAACACCUCCAUUGUUGGCUUUUCCAUGGUUUGGGGCGCAAUUUUUGUCGCAUGCGUUCUUAUCGCUCGAACGUGACUCACGUUUCACACAAAUUACGAGAUUCUUGAACGCUGCUGAAGUCGCUCCGUACGUCUCGGGAAGUAAUUAUACCUUCUUCGUGCCCACUGAUGAGGCAUUCGAACGUCAUGGCUUCGAUAUUUUGAGUGAUGAUGUCUUGGCUUCCGGAAAAGGUGUGAAUUUGCUCUUAAAUCAUUUCAUUCGUGGGCGUUUGUACAACAAAGACUUGAAAAAUGACAAAAUUUUCGAGACAAUCGGCGGAAAAGCGGUGAAAAUUCAACGUAAACCCGAUGGAAAUGUCACCGUGAACAACGCUCUUAUCAUCGAAGCUGAAGUUUUUGUCUACAAUCUCGGAACCAUGUUCUACAUCGACGAAAUUUUGUAUCCGGAGACCAUUGAGAGUGCCGACUCGAAGGAUUUGAACGACACGGAGAUGAAUGACGAGGAAGCGACAAAUGCUGAGGCAACGACACAAGAAUCGCCGUCAUCCACGCAGAAAGAUGUCGAAUUGAUCACGAAACGGACCGUCGUUCAUCGUCAUGACAUCGAUGACGACGACGAAUUUGAGCCGCUCGACGACGAGAUUGUCACACCGCGCGUUUUGCCGGUCAAAUACGAGGCAGGAAGCAAGUAAAAAGCAGAUCGAUGAACAAUUUGGAGUGAGUGAGUGAAAAAUUACACAAAAAAAAAACAUAUUUGACGGAUGAGUGUUUGAGUCAUUUUUGAUAGAAUUUUUGUAGCGCCAUUUUAACGACAUUUUAGACGACUUCCUUUACAUCUUUACAACUUUUAAGACAGAAAAUUCGAUCACGCUUCUUCUUUUGUUUCUUCAAAAAUACAAAAAAUAUAUAAAAAUGCAAGUAAAAUAUAUUUAACGAUAAGAAGUAAAGGAAAUUACAAUAAUACCUAACGAAUUAUUAGCGUAGCGUGAUAUUGAAAAAAAAAUAUUAAGUAAAAAUAAUCAUUAAGUAAGGUUAAAAUUGAAAUAAACUUUUCUGGGUAAUAAUCGUUAAAAAAUAAGUCUU